GGAAAAUUGGACGCACCACCAACAAAUCGCCAGCACCUGGUGUCCUCCUCCAAAGCAAGACCGAAACAGCAGCGGACACUGGGCUGCUGCGUCUUGCAGCCACUUACAUUGAUGUGACAGCACACGGAUACAAGGCAGACAUCUUUGUAGUGUGAGCAGGCAACGGCGUGAUGUUCACCGGCAUUGUGGAAGAGAUUGGCACGGUCGUCUCCCUGCAGACCGACCAGGAGGUAACGCUGUGGGAUGGCCGAAAGGGGAAAGCAACGGUGCUGGUGGUUCAGUGCAGUGAGCAGGUGCUGGGCGGCGCAUACAUUGGCUGCAGCAUUGCGGUGAACGGCGUGUGCCUGACGGUGGUUGCGUUUGAGACUGAUGCCGCCAACACUGAAGCCGCCAACACCUUCACCGUGCAUCUGGCGCCGGAAACGCUGCGCAAGACCAACCUGGGCCUGCUGCGAACCGGAGAUGGCGUGAACUUGGAGCGUGCACUUGCAGAGGGCGGGCGCAACAGCGGCCACAACGUGCAGGGCCACGUGGACGGCACGGGCGUCGUGUUCUCCCGAGAGAACGACGGCGAGGCGCUCAAGAUGGUCAUCCGCGCUCCACCGCCCUUGAUGAAGUACAUUGUGCCAAAGGGGUUCAUUGCCGUGGACGGCACGUCGCUGACGGUGGUGGACGUGGACCGCGAGCAGUCCACCUUCUCCUUUAUGCUCAUUCCGCACACGCAGUCCGCAGUGGUUCUGCCGCGGCGUCUUGUCGGCCACCAGGUCAACCUCGAGGUGGACGUCACUGCAAAAUACGUUGAGGCCCAGCUUCAACAACAGCAACAGCAGCAGCAGCAGCAGAAGACAACGUUGGGUGAUGAUGCAGCCCCACAUGCUUCAGACCAAAACACACCAGCAACAGCGGGUCAAGGCAGCACAGGCCACAGUGGUGACGGCAACAACGGCCGUAGCAGCAGCAGCAGCAGUGCGAACGCGCCAACCGUGACCGCGGAUGCGGAGAUGGCGGCAAUUUCUUCACAGACGGAACGCGGGCGCACGGUGCACGGCGCCGGACUGCGUGUGCCGUUGGGCGUGGACACGAGCACGUGCAGGGUGGCCAUCGUCAAGACAUGCUGGCACGACGAGCUGAUUGGCGUCAUGCGGGACAAGUGCGUGCAGCGCCUGCUUGAUCGUGGCGUGCAGCAGUCCAACAUCACGGAGGUGGCGGUGCCCGGAUCCUUUGAGCUGCCGUUUGCCGUGGCGUCCCUGCUCUCGCGCAAGCAGCAGACAGGCAGCAGCAACAUUGGUGCUGAUGACGGUGGUGAAGACGACGGUGCAAAUGAUGGUGCUGCUGAUGGUGCUGCUGAUGAUGAUGGCAGUGCGUUUGAUGUUGUGAUUUGCAUGGGCAUCCUGCUGAAAGGGGGCACCAUCCACAUGGAGGUGAUUGCCAACGCCGUCACGCCGGCCAUCAUGGACCUGCAGCUGCGCACGGGGGUUCCCAUUGUGUUUGGGGUGCUCACCACCCUCUCCAUUGAGCAAGCGAGCGAGCGCGCGCACAGCGCCCUGCCAGAGAGCUGGGCAGACUCCGCCAUCAGCAUGGCCGCACACAACUUCUCCCGAAACGUCUGACUGCACACGCGUGGUGGUUGUGUGCACGUGUGUCGGUGCAUGUGUGUAGUUGCGUACUUGCGCGUGUGCUUGUUUGAUUGCUUGGCUGAUGGUUGUUGUUACAUUACACAUUACAUUGGUGGACGAUGGGAUUCCGAUUUCUGCGUCUCAUUCAUUCGGGGG